AUGACCACCGAAGAACCUACGAUCCAAAGGCGGGCCUCGCGCAAGUCGGUUGCAUUUACAGAAGAGAAACUGGUAGUAGACGCCGACGGCAGCGUGACCAUGAUUGCGACACCAAACGACGAUACCAAAGACACAGCCAUGUCGCACACACCCCGUACGCCGCCUCUUUCCGCCGCACUCGGGGCGUUUACUGAUGCCUCUUCAGCACCCGCAGACGACGCUGCCCCGGCCGCCGAUCUCAACGCGGAUGGUCUCGACCUCUCGCUCAUGAAGAAGAAGAAGAAGAAGGUCAAGAAGGACGACGACGAGGGGGCCGAUAGUGGCGCUGUCGCCGGCGACGAGGAGGCGAUCGACCUGUCGAUGAAGAAGAAAAAGAAGAAGAAGGCGCCCAAGGAGGAGGACGAGUUCGCCAAGAAGCUCGAGGCGUUGAACCUCGAGGGUGGCGAGGGCGCCGAGGCCGCCGCUGACGAGGGUGUGCAAGAGGGCGAUAUGGACAAGGGUACCGGUAUCUGGGGGCAUAACGAGUCGCGCACCAUCAACUACAACCCGCUGCUCUCCCGCUUCUUCGCCCUGCUGGCGCAGAAGAACCCCGACCACGCAUCGACCGGCACCCGCUCGUACAAGAUCCCACCGCCGCAGUGUCUCCGCGAAGGAAACAAGAAGACCAUCUUCGCGAACCUGCCCGAGAUCUGCAAGCGCAUGAAGAGAGCGGACGAGCACGUCACCGCCUACCUGUUCGCUGAACUGGGUACCAGCGGCAGUGUGGACGGUAGCAGGCGGCUGGUUAUCAAGGGCAGGUUCCAACAGAAGCAGAUCGAGAACGUCUUGCGCACGUACAUUAUAGAAUAUGUGACGUGCAAGACGUGCCGGUCUCCCAACACGGAACUGUCCAAGGGCGAGAACCGUCUUUACUUUAUCACUUGCAACUCUUGCGGCUCUCGUCGUUCCGUCCAGGCUAUCAAGACCGGUUUCUCGGCCCAGGUCGGAAAGAGAAGGAAGAUGAAGGUCUAA